CUGGGCGGGCUGUGCUCAGGUUUGUGAUCUGAGACCCGGGUCUUGCGUUCGGCCAGUGGAGGCGCUGAUUAACCCCUGAGGCUGCCCAGGUGCUGUGGUUUCCACACACGUCUGGAAGAUGGGACACAGAAGGAGAAGACAAGGUUCCCCAGCUACUGCUGCGCCGGAGAGCUCAGCUCCCCAGCGGACGGUCCCCUGAGGCCUCGACCGCCAGCGCGGAGCAGGUGCCAAGGUUUGUGCAUGGCUCCUCGAAGACCUGCUCUGCCCCAAGGAGAUGCUGUUCGCCUGAGCUCCCCGUGACACUGUCCGCCCGCUGACCAUGAGCCAGCCAGACCCCGGCGAGGAGCCGGAGCCCAGCCCGGAGCCCCUGUGCGAGGUGUGCGGCCAAGCCCACUCCCCCGAGGAGAACCACUGCUACACGUACGCGGAGGACGUGGAUGACGACCUCAUCUGCCACAUCUGCCUGCAAGCGCUGGUGGACCCGCUGGACACGCCGUGCGGCCACACCUACUGCGCGCUCUGCCUCACCAGCUUCCUGGUGGAGAAGGACUUCUGCCCCGUGGACCGCCUGCCGCUGCUGCUGCAGCACUGCAGGAGGUCCACCCUCUUGGUGCGCAAGCUUCUCAACAAGCUGCCGGUGACCUGCCCCUUCGCCGGGCACUGCGCCCAGGUGCUGCCACGCUGCGACCUGCAGCAGCACCUCCAGACCAGCUGCAAGGGUGUCUCCCACUACGGCCUGACCAAGGAAAGGAAGCGGCGCUCCCAGCAUGGCUGUCCCGACGGCUGCGCGAGCCUCACAGCCACGACGCUGUCCCCAGAGGCCGCCACAGCCGCCUCCAGCCCCUGUGCCGCGGAUGAGCCCGGCCUGGACAACCCUGCCUACGUGUCCACGGUGGAGGACGGGCCAGCAGCCAACAGCGUGGCCGACACCGGCCACAGCAACCCAGUCAGGGCACGGCCCUUUGAGCGGUGCACCAUCAGGAGCCGGUCCUUUAAGAAAAUCAACCGCGCGCUGAGUGCUCUCCGAAGGACCAAGAGUGGUGGGGGCGCGGUGGCCAGCCCCGCUGGCCAGGGCGGGGACAGUUCUGAAGACAUCGCAGGCCCGGAAGCCUAUCCGAGGCUGUAUCACCUGAUUCCGGACGGGGAGGUCACCAGCGUCAAGAUCACCCGCGCGCAUCCCCGGGAAAGCCUCUCGUCAACGGCAUGGACAUCAGCAGCGUGCCCCACAACUACGCCCUGCGCCUGCUGCGCCAGCCCUGCCAGGUGCUGCGGCUGACCGUGCUGCGCGAGGACAAGGUCCGGGGCAGGAGCAGCGCGCAGGCCCCGGACGCCCGCGGGCCGCGGGACAGCUUCCACGUGACCCUGCACAAGAGCAGCCCCGAGGAGCAGCUGGGGAUCAAGCUGGUGCACAAGGCGGACGAGCCCGGGGUGUUCAUCUUCAGCGUGCUGGACGGCGGCCUGGCCGACCGCCACGGGCAGCUGCAGGAGGACGACCGCAUCGUAGCCGUCAACGGCCACGACCUCCGAUACGGCAGCCCGGAAAGCGCAGCUCAUCUCAUCCAGGCCAGUGAAAAGCGCGUCCACCUCGUGGUGUCCCGCCACGUGCGACAGCAGAGCCCCGAUGUCUGUCAGGAGGCCGGCUGGAAUGGCGGCGACGGGAGCCACGCUCACCAGCCCCUCCAUCCCGCAGCCACCUGUCAUGAGAAGGUGGUAAGUGUCCAGAAAGACCCCAGUGAGUCCCUCGGCAUGACGGUUGCAGGUGGCGCGUCACACGGCGAGUGGGACUUGCCCAUCUACAUCAUCAGUGUUGAGCCUGGAGGAGUCAUAAGCCGAGACGGAAGAAUAAAAACAGGUGACAUUCUGCUGAACGUGAAUGGCACAGACCUCACCGAGGUGAGCCGCAGCGAGGCCGUGGCCCUGCUGAAAAGCACGUCGUCCUCGGUGGUGCUGAGGGUCUUGGAAGUCAGGGAGCCCGAGCCCCAGGAAGAGGACAGCAGCCCCGGGGCCCUGGACGCCAGCCACGACGCGACCCCCUCUGGUGACUGGGCCCCGUCCUGGGUCAUGUGGCUGGGGCUGCCACGGUACUUGUAUCACUGCAAAGAUGUCGCACUACGCAGAAACGCGGCAGGCAGCCUGGGCUUCUGCAUCGUGGGAGGGUAUGAAGAACACAGCGGAAACAAGCCUUUCUUUAUCAAAUCCGUGGUGGAAGGCACACCAGCGUACAACGAUGGAAGGAUCAGGUGCGGUGACAUUCUCCUCGCAGUCAACGGCAGGAGCACAGCAGGAAUGACGCACGCCUGCUUGGCUCGAAUGCUGAAGGAACUCAAAGGAAGAAUCACCCUCACUCUGGUGUCCUGGCCUGGCACAUUCUUGUAGCAUCAAUAACGGGUCAGAGAACAUGACACACGGGCUAAGCUGGAACAAUGUAUUUAUCUUGUCAAUUUUUAUAGUGAACGAAAACUUUGUGAAAAUGUCAGAGAAGGCCUAAUCUAAUAAAGCCAAUUGCACCUCAGAAAAUAGGACUCUCAAAAAAUAAAAACUACUACAGAAUGGUCUGAUCUAGGAUGCAGCACUGCACUGUACUCCUUCAUUUGUAUUUUGUGCUCAAUAAAACGCUCUCGAGCACCUGAAAUGGUUUGUUAGGGCCCACCGAAUUCAAAUCAUCAACUCAAAUGCUGGUUCAGGCUGAGAUCAGCAAAGGGUACGUUACGGGCAUUUUUAAUUUAAAGCAAGAGGAUUUUGAAAAAUGCAUUCAUUGCUAAAAACAUUCAGCAAAUGAGAAAUAAAUAUUUUUCCACAAACCA